UAGCAAACGAAGAAUCAUCCACAGAACUUCACAUCUCGCUUCGACAAAAUUGAAAUUGCUUUCGGCGUCGUCGUUUCUGAUCGUGGUGGUAAUUUGAAAUGGAAGCCUCUCAGUCAGAGGUCAACCCUAAUCCAAACCCUAACCCGAACACCAACAACAACGUCAACCGAAAUUCGAUAAUGUCGUCGGCGCCGUUGUGGCCCACGAUCGACGGUCCACUGGGGCUGACAGAGGAGGAAUCAUUGAGCUACUCGCGCAGGUUUUACAAGUUCGGCUACGCGCUCUUGCCUUGGCUUUGGGCAGUCAAUUGCUUCUACUUCUGGCCUGCUCUCCGCCACCCCAGCUCUUUUCCCCGCAUCCGCCGCUAUGUUGUUGGAUCUGCUAUUGGGUUCACAGUAUUCACAGCUCUUCUCUGUUCAUGGGCCUUGACAUUUGCCGUUGGAGGGGAAGAUCUCUUUGGCCCAGUCUGGGAGAAACUAGUAAUGUACAAUCUUGCUGACAGAUUGGGCUUGACAGGUUGGAGCUAGUCAGAUUUCUUACUGCUCUGAUAUAACACUCCAUUUGAAAGUGUCACUUUCAAAUGCACAAACUAUGUUCUCAUUUCUAUAUUAUAUUAAGAAAAAAAUUUCACCUUGCAUUC